CGCGCAGGAGUGGGGGCCGUCAUUCCUGUGCGACUCGCCGCUCCGUGAAGUUAUCGCUAGUUCUGUGCAGUGCAGUUUGUUAGUUCGCGAUGAAGUCAGUCAGCCCGACCCCAGUGUGUCCUAGUGGAGUGCAAUCCGGGAGGAUCCACCGGCCCAGGAGAGACAUCGAGAACGAGGAGAUCCAGAUGUACCUGUCGAAGCUGAAGGAUCUGGUACCCUUCAUGCCCAAGAACAGGAGGUUGUCCAAGCUCGAGGUUAUCCAGUACGUGAUCGACUACAUCUGCGAACUCCAGUACGCCCUAGACACCCACCCCACAGUGAACUCGGCGGUGGUGCAGGCUUCGGCAGCAGCCCUCAUGAGGCAAGCGUCUCCAGUGCAAGGCGCCGCCCCUCAGACCUCCCCGAGACAACCCUUAGGCGUGCUGGCCCCCAACACCAUCCUCAGCGCCGCCCCCGCCCCCGCCUGCCCGUCGCCCGACACCGUCUCCACGACGCCCGCCCACCUCCUGGAGAAGGUUUCAAGUCCCACGGAUACCAGAACCGUCUCCUGCUAGGCCACCAGCCUCACCCUCUCUCACCCCGCCCCCGCCCAAUGGAGGCAGACUGUUCAGUUCCUACCUUCCCGACGCUGCUGAAGUCCAACGUUUAGUUAGUUUUAUAAGUCAAGAAAAGAAGAUUGAUUUCGCUUUGCUGAACAAACU